AUGACUAGACAAACAGAAGAGGUUGAUAAUAUAAGAAGCUUGAAAGGACCUUCAGAUUCAGAUAGUGAUUCAGAUAGUGAAAUAGAAACAAAUGCAAAAGUUUCUGUUCAUCCUAAGACAUUAGUUGAAAAAGAAGAUAUAGUUACUAAAUAUGCAGAUAAAAUCAAAACAGACCCACUUAAAAAGGGUCCCAAAAUCACAAAGGACAGAUCUAAUAGAGCAACAGUUGAACAAGUAUUGGAUCCAAGAACAAUGAAAUUCUUAGCCAAAAUUAUAAACAAGGGUGUUUUAUCAAGAAUCAAUGGUUGUAUAUCAACAGGUAAAGAAGCAAAUGUAUAUCAUGGAACAAUAGACACUGAUCUGUCAAAAGAAUACGCGGUGAAAAUCUACAAGACUUCAAUUUUAGUAUUCAAAGAUCGUGAAAGAUACGUAGAUGGAGAAUUUCGAUUCAGAAACUCAAAGAAUCAAAAUAAUCCAAGAAAGAUGGUUAAAAUAUGGGCUGAAAAAGAAUUUAGAAACCUUAAAAGGAUAUUUAUGAGUGGGUGUAUAUUAUGUCCUGAGCCCGUUGAAUUGAAAUCUCAUGUGUUGGUCAUGGAAUACCUAACAAAGGGCAAUGGAGAACCGUCACCAAAAUUAAAAGAUCAUAAUUUUAAAGACGUUGACGAAGUGGUUUAUUUUUAUCAGACUAUGGUUGUUUAUAUGAGAUGGUUAUAUCAAAAAUGUAGAUUGAUUCAUGCGGAUUUAUCUGAAUAUAAUUCAAUUGUACAUAAGGGUAAGUUACAUAUUAUUGAUGUUUCACAAUCGGUUGAGCCUGAUCAUCCUAUGGCUCUAGAUUUCUUAAGAAUGGAUAUUAAAAAUGUUAAUGAUUUUUUUAAUAGGAAGAAGAUUAAUGUUUAUCCUGAAAGAUUGAUAUUUAAAUUCAUAAUUGAUAAUGAAAUAAAAGAAGAUAGUGAGAAUUUGUUAAGAGAUUAUUUGAAUAAUUUACCUUUGAAAAUCUAUGAUGAACAAGAAGUACACGACGAAAUAUUUAGAAGUUUACAUUUACUUAGAAGUUUAAAUAAUUUAGAUGAAAGAGAUUUUGACAAAUUUUCAGAGGGAAAAGUAGAUACAAUGAAGGAUUUAGUUGCUAAUAAGAUUGAAGAGGAAAAUACUAAUGAAGAAGCUCAAAGUGAAAAUGAUAGUGAUAGUGAAUCACAAGAAGAUAGUGAGGAAGAAGAUGAUGACAGCGAUUUAGAAGCUGAAGAGAAGGAAUGGAUUGAAAAAGAAGAAGAACAACCAAAAGGUAAAAAAUUUGAAGAUAAAGAUGAAAAGAAAGCUAGGAAAGAAGCUGCAAAAUUAGCAAAACAAGAAAAGAGGAAAACUAAAAUGAAGAAAAAUGUUAAGAAGAAGUUGAUAAAUAAGAGAAAGACUGGUAAGUAAGGAUGCGGUUACACUAAGGAUGCUGAGUUUAAUGUACGGGUGCAGUUAAAACGGCAACUGCUCUACUGUGAAACGUUCAAUGCGCGUAUUGGUAUAAAAUUAAAUACACGGUAGACCAUAUUUUUUUUUUCUUUCAACACAUAUUCGAACUUAAAAUUUUUCAGAUUAUCAAGUUAUCAAAUAGUUAAACAAUGUUUUCUAAAUUUAUAUUAACAUUUUUAGUAUUAUUUCAGUUCACAUCUGCAUUACAUUUUUAUGUUAAAACUGGAGAAACUAAAUGUUUUUAUGAAGAAUUACCUGAAGAUACUUUAUUAGUCGGUAAAAUUGAUGCAUAUGAAUUAAACGAACAAUCUCAUGAAUAUUACAAGAAUCACAACCUCAAAGUUCAAAUUACAAUUGAAGAAACAUUUGAUAAUAAUCAUUUAGUAGCAGAUCAAAAAUCUCAGCCAGAUGGAGAUUUUACAUUUACUUCAUUUGAUUCAGGUGAACAUAAAUUUUGCUUGACUCCAAUAUACACCGAUAAUACAAAGAACAAACAACAUAGAAUAUUUUUUGACUUGAUCCAAGGAAGUUCACACGAUUACAUCGAUUCUAAAAGUACUAAAUCCGUCGAUGAGUUGAUUUUAAAAGUUAAUGAUUUAUAUAACCAACUUGAUAAGAUUCAUUACGAGCAAGAACAUAUGAGGGAAAGAGAAGCUGCGUUUAGAGAUCAAUCUGAAUCUACUAAUUCAAGAGUAGUUAAAUGGUCAAUUGUUCAAUUGUUUGUUUUGGUUGGAACUUGUGUUUAUCAAUUACGUCAUUUGAAAUCAUUCUUUGUAAAACAAAAAAUUGUAUAA